AUGGCUACGCGACUGAGAGACACGCUCACCACGAUCCCGUCCCCCCUGACGUCACUGACCCACAACCCAAAAAUAGCAGGCGGUCUGCCGCCCAAAGAUGUCGCAGAGCUGGGCGGUUCAGACUGGACUUACAUGAAACAGCUCUGCUCUGCUACGAAACUUAAACCCCUACUGGAACUGGCCCCAGACGGCACCCCCUCGCACAUGGGGAGAUUUGGGUACCACCAGAUUCAACAUUAUUACCAAUCCAUCACAGGGAGCUUACCGAGUUUGAACGGCAAUGCGCAUCAAGAGACCGACCCGUAA